GUUGGGUUUGUUCGUUCGUUCGUCUCUCCCUCCGUCCCCUCACACCCUCUCCCAUCCCCAUCUUCCUCUGAUCUGCAGCACCCCACCCCUCCCUGUAGCCAGCCAUCAUGACGCCCCUCCCCCCCUCCCUUGUGCUGUUGCUCGGCGUUACGGCAUCGUAUGCCUACGUCCCCGGUGAGUGGCGAGUGUGGGGCGAGCCAUGGCAACGAAGAAAGGCAAAGAUCUGCAUCUGCCUGUGUCUGGGAGGGAGAGAGAGACACGCGCCAUGCAGGGUUGCUGUGUGUGUGUGGGUGUGGCAUUCCUUGUCAGGUCCGUCGUCGUUUCUACGUAGCGGCAGGGUCGGCCCAGGCCGGUUUGAGGGCACCAAGCUGCACCAGCAGCCACCAACGGCAGCCACUCAGACACACGCCACCACCCGAAUGAGUACGCCAUCCACAACGAGAGAGAACUCACAGAGGGAGAGGGAGAGGGAGAGGGAGGCAGAGCGACAUCUGCACAAAACCAAAACACAACACACAGCACAACACACAGCUCUCCCAUUCUUUCUCUCUGUGUGUGUGCGUGUGCAGCUCCUGAGGCCAAGUACCGAGUAGCUGUGAUCGGUGGCGGCCCGGCCGGCGCUAGUGCCGCCGAGAUCUUUGCCGAGAACGGCGACAUGGUGGAGACCUUCAUGGUCGAGAGGAAAAUGGACAACUGCAAGGUGGGUGAGUCCCUCUACCAGUGAGUGCCACUUACUGGUGGGGCGGUGGGCCGAAGCAUCGUGGACAUCUGUGUGUGUGCUGUGUGAUGUCAGCCGUGCGGCGGUGCCAUCCCUCUCUGCAUGGUGGAGGAGUUCAACCUCCCUGAGAGUGAGAUGGGCACACUUACCGCCCACAGACACACACACUCCCUCUCUGUCUGUCUCUGUCUGUCGCUCUCUCUCUGGUGACAGACAUAGUGGACCGUAAGGUUCGCAAGAUGAAGAUGAUCUCCCCGUCCAACAGAGAGGUGGACGUCGGCAAGACCCUCCUCCCGCACGAGUACAUCGGCAUGACGCGCCGAGAGGUCCUGGACAAAUUCAUGAGGGACAGAGCCGUCGAAAAGGUCAGCACGUGGGCCACACACACCCACAGAGACAGACAGACAGACAGACAGACAGACAGAGGGAGAGUAUGGCCCUCUGCGUGUGUGGGUCUCAUCCACACGUGUGUGUAUGUGUGUGUGUGUGGUCAGGGUGCGGUUGCUAUCAACGGUUUGGUGACCAAGGUUGAUUUGCCCGAGAGCAGCGACAGCGGCCGGUACGUCAUCCACCUCAAGAACUUUGACAAGGGCGACAAGGGCACCGGAGUCAGCGAAACACUCGAGGUCAGUCAGUGAACCCGACAACCCCCACCUCCCCCCAACACACACACACACACACACACACACAGAAGGAGAGAGAGAGAGAGAGAGAGAGCAGUGACACACACACACACAGACACAGAAACACCAUUCUUGUCCCUCGUUCUGUGUGGCCACAGGUGGAUAUGAUCAUCGGUGCCGACGGUGCCAACAGCCGUGUGGCCAAGUCCAUCGGUGCGGGCGAGUACAACUACGCCAUCGCUUUCCAGGAGAGAAUCAAGAUUCCCGACGAGCAGAUGAAAUACUACGAGGUCAGCCACAGAGAGAGAGAGCGAGAGGGAGAGAGAGAGAACACUUGAUGCGUGGAUGUGUGCCUGUGUGUGUGUGUGUGUAGGAGCUGGCGGAGAUGUAUGUGGGCGACGAUGUGUCACCGGACUUUUACGCGUGGGUCUUCCCCAAGUAAUAAGCACCACACACACAUACACAUCCAUCCAUCCAUCCGUGUGUCUGAGCGUAGGUAUGACCACGUUGGUGUGGGCACCGGCACCGUCAUCAACCGGCCAGCCAUCAAGGAAUACCAAAAGGCCAUCAGGUCAGUCAGCACCAGCCCCCCUCCCCCCCUCUCCCUCUCCCUCUCGACACCAAUCUCCCCCUCUCUCUCUGUCCACUCCUCGUACUUACACAGGGACCGUGCGGCCGAGCGUCUGCGAGGCGGUGAGCUGUUGAAGGUGGAGGCUCACCCCAUUCCCGAGCACUACCGCCCCAAGCGUGUGGUGGGCCGUGUGGCGCUCGUGGGCGACGCGGCGGGCUACGUCACCAAGUGCAGUGGGGAGGGCAUCUACUUUGCUGCAAAGAGCGGGCGGAUGGCAGCCGAGGAGAUCAUGGGUGUGAUGAAGGCCACUGGCAGGCUGCCCACCGAGCAGGAGAUCAAGGACACCUAUCUGAAGAAGUACGACCGGGCGUACGGCCCCACUUACACAGUGCUUGACCUCCUCCAAAAGGUAAGUAACCAUCACCACCACCGUGGUGGCACCCUCUCCCACACAUACACACACACAGCCACACACACACCAUCUCUGUGUGUGUGUGUCAUUGCUUAAGGUGUUUUACACCAACAAUGCGGCGCGCGAGGCGUUUGUGGAGCUGUGUGAGGACGACUACGUGCAGAAGGUGACCUUCGACAGCUACCUGUACAAGAAGGUGCAGGGCAACGACCCCCUCAGCGAUAUCGGCUUGCUCUUCAAGACCAUCGGAUCGCUCAUCAGGUAUGCUCACAGACACACACACACACACACACAGAGAGAGAGAGACAGAGAGAGAGAGAGAGAGGGAAACUCUGUGUGUCCAUUGUGUGUGUAGGGGCAACGUGUAUGCGCCGCCCGACAAGACCAUCUCCAACCCGGUCGAAUCGAAGAAGAGGCUCGGCUCAACCGUCCCAGCAUGAGCACCCUCCCCUCCCCUCCCCUCCCCUCGUGUGUCCGUGGUAUCUGUGUGUGUGUGCGUGUGUCCUACUAACGCUGCUGUCUGACGUGUGCAAUGGUUGCAAUGAUCCCUCUUCUCGCCCGCCCCUCGUCUCUCGCCUUGGCAACUCGCGGCUGGCUGCAUGUGUGUGAGUGUGUGUGUAUGGUGGUCGUGCUCCAGCCAUGGGCACGUCGCACAUGCUGCAUCUCGUGUCGAUGCACUAGCGAGUCGUGCACACGGCGGCUUCAUGACCGACAUGCGCACAGCACACACGAGCCACUCAUCACUCGUGAGGGCGGUGCAUGCAUGCAUCACACCACACGUACGGGGAGUUUUUCUCGUAGCGUAUCAGGCAGGGAGGGAGGGAUGGCUGCCUGUCUACCUGCAAUUGCAAAGA